AUGGCAUCCACUCCCCCGCCUCCCUCACCGUCAUCGUUGCGGACUCCGGCCGCGCCACGUUAUGGUGGUGGUUAUGAUCAAUAUUCGCCGUAUCCAACUCGAUCGUCAGCCAGAAUCGCCAACCAGAAGGCUGCAAGAGUCGCCAAAAAAACCCCAGAGCCCGUGUCAGACUGCCCCAGCUCGCCGAGCAAGUCGCGUUCAAAGAAUGGAAAAGUGGACGUUGGCGCAGCCGCUCCAAGUAGCAGUGCGAGACAGCCUGUGCGAAACCGUGGGGUGGCUUCAAAACAAAAGGCGCCCGCUGACGUCCCGACCUUCACUUUCGACGACUACGACCUGUUGUCCCACAGUUCUCCUCGCUCCCGCUCGCGCCCGACGGUGAGCCAAGCCGCGCUCCCAACGCCAGCCAAAACGCCUUCCAAGCGCAAAUUGCCCUCCUCUGACUUUUCAUCCGCCUCCCGUUCUCUAUUCCCCAUGCAAUCUCCGGCGCGACGCAAGAAGCGUGCUCCCCUCUCGCUGGACAGCUUCGAAUCCACUGCACCGGCCGAGAUCCAAAUUUACACCGAUUCCCGUGAUCGCGUCCCGAAGUCUAUCACCGGCAUGGACACUCCCUUCAACAAAAAAGCCAACCAGCACAACUCUGGCGCCGGAUCAAACUCUCGGACACCCAAGCGUUCCCGCAGAGGUGGACAUGGGGGCAUGGAAACUGAGUCGUCUGAACCUGUUGUCAAUGAUCAACACGCUGACAACCACGAUACCGAUAUUGAGCUCGAUGAGUCCAUGGAUGUUGAUGCGAUGCCUCGUGCCAACGAAAAGCAGGACUCGAUUGCUCGUGCUGGUGGCAUGACCAUGAUCUUCCGUGGCAAGAAGAUUUUUAACGACUUUGACGACGAACUUUCUGAUGAUGGCGAGGACCUGGGCUUAUUCGCCUCUCGCCCUGACCUGCUGCAGGAUGCCGAUUUCAGCAGCGUCAAGCCAUUGACCCGCAAUUCCAUCAAGCCCCGUCGUCUCUUUGCCGAGGCAAAACCCCAACCUCAACUGCCGAUCGAGGAAGAGGCCACCGAUGAUGAAUGUCACCCCGAGGCUGAGUCUGAGGCACUCCCUGAGGGCUCCCAAUCUCCCUUCACCCCGCAGUCACCUGAGUUCCCUCGCGCUCCCGAUGGCACGCGCAAUCUCCGCUCGGCUGCUGGACAUGGCAGCGCGCUUGAUGCGACCCCGACCGCCUCUGCGUCAAAGUCGAAGUCGGAUACCCAACGCAAGACUGCUAGCCCGUUCUUCCAGUGGUUGCGACAGAAGCCCUCGCCCGAUGAGCUCACGUCGACCGGAAGCUCGCCCACUAAGCGUGGACGCCGCGCCGGGAGCCCAGACGCGCGGUCUACUAAGAAGACCCGGAGCACUCGUGCGACUGCUCAGUCCGAGGCUGUUGAAGAAGAUUCGCUUUCGUAA